UGGACUUUUGUAAUUCAACUUGUAAUGUUGUUGAGAGGGUUACACUGCAGCAAGCUUAGUAAACACAUGUUACUGGCCUGUAGAACUAGCUUGACAUUUCAUUUUCAGCAGCUUUUUCCGUCUACUUACAUCAAUACACAUUGUUCUGUGUUAACUGAAAUAUGAAGGCAAAUCAAUUGACGUGUAUACAUGGAUGUAUUAUUUUUAUAUCUUUGACAUUCUUCGGAUUUGGGCUCAACUGGUUAGAGAACUCAUAUGAAAGAAAAGAACCAGUGAAAUCUGUUGAUGUUGGCUGUUGGAACAAAGAUUUCCGAAAAAUUGUAGGUAAAGGGUUUUACCGAUGUCGUAAAGGUGUGAUGAAGUGGUCUAGAGCUGAUGUCAUCUAUAAGGAGCUUAUGAAAUUUAAAGAUGUUUAUGACAAUCGUCCUUCAGCAACAAACAAAUUUGGCACAACAAUAAUGAACCAGUUUGGCCUGUGGGUAAUAAUUCGACAACUUGACCCUCUAUAUAUAAUCGAAAGUGGAAUAAACAGUGGUCUAGGGACAUGGAUGUUAAGACAAGCUGCCCCUACUGCAAAGCUUAUAAUGCUUGAACCUAGCAAGAGAAAUCCAAUAUACAAAGAUACAAUGUACAACAGUGUCUAUCUCCAAGGUGAUAACUUCAAAGAUUUCUCUGAAGUAAAGUGGGACAAAUACAUUAAUAACAUGGAUAGGUCACUCGUGUUUUUUGAUGACCAUCAGUCUCAUUAUAAACGUGUGAAACAAUCAAAAGACUUGGGGUUCAAACAUCUAGUAUUUGAUGACAAUGGCCACCCUACUAAAGGAGAUGUAUACUCCAUAAGUCAAGCAUGUGAUGCAGGACGUUGUAUCACAGAUAUGGUAAAUGAAGGGGUUAAAAUAGUUAUGAAGGAUAAUUUUGGAAAAGAGAAUAAAGUCAUAUCUGAUGAGGAAUCAAUCAAAAUGGCUCAGAACAUAUAUGACUCGAUUGAUACAUACUACCAAGUACAUCCACUGUGGAACAUUACUGAGGCGAGAGGUUUAUAUUUAUUACCACAUGACAUAUCAUACAAAAUCAAUCCACUUCCUUUGCUGACAAAGCAGCAAGCAGAAAUAUAUCAGAAGAAUUUUACGCACCAGCCACUACAAAUGGACGAUUUGAAUCAAUAUACAAAUAUGUGCUAUAUUAAAUUGAAGUAGAUCUUGUUAACUGAAAGCACACAUUACACUAUCACUAUAUUAAUAUAAAGAUUCAAAUUGUAGCAAUGCAUCAAUGAUGUUGAUUUGAAAAAAUAAAGAUAAAUAGGGAUCCCUGAAUAAAAUGAUCAAUGAUUUUUCAUAUCUCAUUAUUGAAAAAAAAAUAAAACAACACGAUACAUGGAAACAAUUUGACGUGUCAUCAUAUUAUGCUCUCUAUGAAGUUUU